AUGUACGACAGGAGAAAUUGUGAGGGGCUUAUGGUCAAAACAUUAGAUUUUCAAUCCACUUAUGAAAUUGCUAAGCGUUCUCACAACUGGCUCAAACUUAAGAAAGAUUAUCUAGACGGUAUCGGUGACACCCUAGAUCUGGUUGUGAUCGGUGGCUUUCAUGGCUCGGGAAAACGAGCCGGUCGAUACGGAGGCUUUCUAUUGUCUUGCUAUGAUCAGGAAACUGAAGAGUAUCAGACAAUAUGCAAGGUAUGUUGUGUUUAUUUUAUCUAUUGCGCUAUCUGCUUCAUGUCCAUUAAAAAUAGUCUUAUACCACUAAACAGCCAUUUAUUAAUGAUUCGUCAAUAUGCAGUUUUUAAGAUUCACUAG